UGAAUAUUGAUCCAUUUUAAUGGUGGUUUUACGACGCUGUACACUGCCAUUAUUUUUUGCCUGCGCCAUGAAGAUGAGAAGAUGAGAUGUUAAAAGCUGCAGGAUAAGAUGGAUCUUGCACACGUGAACUCGCGCAGAUGACAGAAUGGACUCUGUGGAAAGCAGCAGCAUGAAGCAGCAGCAGCAGCGCGCGUCCUCGCCAGCCAGAUUCAAAGACUCGCCGUCAAAAGCGGCUUCCAAAAGCGCGUCUGCCAAAGCCGCCGCGUCGAAGCCAGGCGGUAAAAGCAGCCGCAGUAACUCUCCGGUCACUGUCCACACCGGCAAAGACAGACACCCGGGCAAAGGCGCGGCCGCUGUCCACGCCACCGGUGCUGAAAGCCCGACUCUGAGAAGGGCGGAGAAGAACAAGAGCAUCGAGGAGCGCAGCAGUUCCUCUGAGGAACCCUACGCCGCCGACGAGUCGCUUUUGGGAGCCGAUGCUGCUCGGGUGGUGUCCGAUCAGCCGAGCUCUACGAAAUCCUCUCAGGGCAAAAGAGACAACGCGAGAGCUGAUGGAGGCAAGCAGACGGCCAAGAGUGCUGUAGGAUGCGGCCCGGGCUUCUGGAGGGAGGGAUGCUUGCAGUCUGAACUCAUACAGUUUCACAUGAACAAAAGCUUGAAGAAAGAAAGCGGCAUGGCAACGAAGACCUCGAGCUCGCCGGUGACGGAGCCGCAGCUGCAGCACGCGGAGGCGAACCGGCCCUCGGAGGACUUACCUCCGCCAAACCAGGAGCUGCAGGAGGAGAUCGAGAGAUUAGAGGAGGAGAACGAUUACCUUAAGCAUGAAAUUGAAGAAAUGCGAGCAGAGAUGGAUGAAAUGAGGGACACGUUCUACGAGGAAGAUGCCUGUCAGUUGCAGGACAUGCGGCGUGAGCUCGAGAGAGCCCAUAAGAACUGCCGAAUCCUUCAGUAUCGCCUGCGAAAGGCGGAGAGGAAGCGAAUGCGAUAUGCAGAAACAGGUGAAAUUGACGGGGAGCUGCUGAGGAGCCUGGAGCAAGACCUAAAGGUGGCCAAGGAUGUGUCUGUCCGACUGCACAAUGAACUCGAGAAUGUGGAGGAGAAACGAACGAAAACAGACGAAGAGAAUGAAAGACUGAGGGAACAGCUGAUUGAAGUUGAGGUGACAAAGCAGGCUUUACAAAAUGAGCUGGAAAAGACCAAAGAGCUUUCCCUAAAACGAAGAGGAAAAGAUGUACAGAAAUCAGAGAAGAGGACUCCACAAACCCCAACAGAGGAGGAAAAUGAAGAUCUAAAAUGCCAGUUGGCCUUCAUCAAGGAGGAGGCUAUCUUAAUGCGGAAGAAAAUGGCUAAAAUAGACAAAGAGAAGGACCGUUUAGAGCAGGAGCUCCAGAAGUACCGCUCCUUUUAUGGUGAUGUAGACAGUCCUCUCCCCAAAGGCGAGGCUGGAGGUCCCCCCACCACCCGAGAGUCCGAACUGAAGCUCCGUCUGCGGCUGGUGGAAGAAGAAGCCAAUAUUUUAGGUCGCAAAAUCGUGGAGCUGGAAGUAGAGAACCGUGGGCUGAAGGCAGAGUUGGAUGACAUGCGCGGGGAUGAGCUGGCUGGUGGGACGACAGACCCGUCGUCCAGAGAGCAGAGCGAGGCGCUGUCUGAACUCCGGCAACAACUGCAGUUGGUGGAGGACGAGGCUGAACUUCUGCGCCGUAAUUUGGCUGACGUGGAAGAGCAGAACAAGAAAAUGACCAGCGAGCUCAACAAGCUCAAAUACAAGGCAGGGUCACAUGAGGGCUCACGCUACAACAGCGGGGCGGUCGAUGCCGCAAAGUUUGAAGCUCUCCAGGAAGAGCUGAAGGCCGCCAGGCUGCAGAUCAACGAACUGAGCGGGAAAGUGAUGCAGCUGCAGUAUGAAAACCGUGUGCUGCUGUCUAACAUGCAACGCUACGAUCUGGCAUCCCACCUGGGCAUCCGCGGCAGCCCGAGGGACAGCGACGCAGAGAGCGACUGUGGCCGCAGGGAAAGCGACGAUGACUGCUCUCGGCUCCCGCCGCAUCGCAAACGCGAGGGUCCCGUCGGUGGCGAAAGUGACUCGGAGGAGGUCCGCAACAUCCGGUGCCUCACUCCUACUCGCUCCCUCUACACCCCAGAGGGACGUUUUUUAUCGAGAAGCUUCAAGGACCGCCAGCAGAUGAUUGAUAUCCGUAUGGAGGCAGAAAGAUUGAGCAGGACCAUCGAUAGACUCAUUGCUGACACCAGCACCAUCAUUGCAGAAGCUCGUGUUUACGUGACCAACGGUGAGCUGUUUGGAAGAAUGGAUGAUGAUGAUGAGGGCGGACGAAUACGAGAGCACGAGCUGCUUUACCGCAUCAAUGCUCAGAUGAAAGCUUUCAGGAAGGAACUGCAGAACUUCAUCGACCGCCUGGAAGUCCCAAAACCAGAGGAUAGAGAAACUGAAGAACCUCUGUCAACAUUUUGAAGAAUCUUACAAGAUCUGUCAAGCUCCAAAAAGGACAAAAACACCAUAAAGCAUGAUCAAAUUAGCCCAGAUGACUUAUAUUCAUGAAGACAUUUUGUGUGAUGAAGAUACUACAUUUUAUGUUGUUUAUAUACAAUGAUAAAAUUUCUCAUUCUGCCAUAGAUCUCAAAUCAAAUAUAGCACAAGUUUUGACCUCAGUGACAUUUUGUUAUAAGAUGAAUUAUGUUUGAAGACGAUACUGAUUUCAAACUUGAGGUGAUGUGACAAAAUGUGUCAUGUUUGAAGUGACAGCUAUGGUAGAGAGCAGGAAUAAUGAUUUCAUUUUUGUCCUGUUUGUCACACAGUGAGUCAAAAAAUGGCAUAAAGAUUCUUCAAAUUUUAAAUAAAUGCAUACAUAUAGUACAUAUUUACAAUAACAGCAUAUGGGUUUGGAACAAUGAUGAAAAAAAAGUCAUUUUGGGGUGAAC